AUGGACGAAUUUGUACAAGACCAGGAACAAAACAAGGAAGGAAGCCUUUCGACAACUCUGGUAAACAAUGGGUGUGUCGAUUUUCUAGGGAGAAUUGCUGACAAGCAAACGACUGGAGGAUGGAAGGCCUCUCCGUUCAUCAUAGUGAACGAGGUGGCGGAGAGGUUGGCAUUUUUCGCAAUUGCGGUCAACAUGGUGGCUUACUUGGUGACUGAGAUGCACCAGUCGCUUCCAGAUGCUGCUACUCACGUGACCGAUUGGAUAGGGGCUGCUUAUGUCUUAACAAUCCUCGGAGCAUUUCUUGCUGAUGCUUAUUUGGGCCGCUUCAAAACCAUCAUCAUCUUCUCUUGCGUUUAUGAUGUGGGAACGCUGGUGUUGACACUCUCAGCCUCCAUAGACAGCCUACGUCCACCUCUAUGCACAAAACGACCGUGCAUUAAAGCAACGGACGGCCAAACGGCAUUCCUCUAUGGUGCGCUUGCGCUUAUAGCUCUCGGGACGGGGGGGAUCAAGCCAUGUGUCUCAUCCUUCGGCGCGGACCAAUUCGAUGAGGCGGACGAAAAAGAAGAGCAGAAGAAAUACGCCUUCUUCAACUGGUUCUUCCUGGCCAUAAACAUUGGUGCACUGCUGGGUAUCACGCUUUUGGUGUACGUAAAAGAGAAGAAAGGGUCGGGUUGGGGUUUUGGAGUUCCCGCCGUGGCUAUGAUCGGCUCCAUCGUUAUACUGGCUGCCGGCAUUCGAAGUUAUCGCUACAAAAAGCCCAUGGGAAGCCCUUUUACCAGGUUUCUUCAGGUCGCCGUUGCUUCCCUGAGGAACCAUUUUAGAGGGGUUGAGGUGGGACGUGUAGUUGACCUUUUUGAGGUCAACACCAAGGACUCCGAUAUCGUGGGGGCUCGAAAGCUACCUCAUACCGCGCAGUACGGCGCUGAAGUAUUUACUUAUGUCGGACAGCUGGAGUUCUUCUACGAUAAAGCUACCGACGGGACACGAAGCAUCAGCAGUGCGAUUUUUCUGGGCGAGGUUGGGAUCGGAAGCUGGCUGAGCACUGCGCUGGUGAAGAUCGUUACGAGUACUGCGACUGGGGGGGAAGAGAAAGGGUGGCUGAGGAAUAAUUUGAACAAGAGCCGCCUUGAUUAUUUCUAUUGGAUAUUAACGGCUAUUAAUGUGGUUAAUUUAUUGGGGUAUUUGUCGGUGGCUCGGCGAUAUAAGGGCAGGGGUCCCAGAGGAAUUGUGCGAGACGAGCCCGUGGUUGAAGGGUUGGGUGAAGUCAAAAGAGAGGAAGAUAAUGUUGAAUUUCGAAGUGUGAUGUUUUAG